AUGGAGAAGGAGCCUUUGCCCUUCCUGGCGGCCCACGAGCUCGUUCGGCAGCAUGGCUUGCCAGCAGAUCCGAUCCUGGACUUCGAUCUCACAGCAGAGGCAUUUCAAGAAUUGCUUGGGCAGUUCGAGGACGAUGAUGAGGUCAUGGAAAGCGCCCAGAGCAUGCUGCAUCCUCCAGGACGAGGCAAUCCAGCCAGGGCUCGACAAAUUACAAUCCCUCAGAUCCUGGAGGCUCACAAGGUCAUGGUGCAGGAGUUGCAAACACUCCUGUCGGAGUUUAAGAACUUGUCUCCACAAGAACUCGAUCGCGUGGAUUGCAAGUUACUCGAAGCCACUGCCGAGCUGCAGACGUACCUCGGCGUUUCCAGGCUGCAGCUGCAGCCAGAAGACGUGGAGGAGGCCAUACUGACGAAUGAGAUGGAGCUGCAGAACGAUGCAGACUUCGUCAAGUGCAGCGAAGAUCUGGCGAGCCUGAUGCAGGAACUGCUCACGGCUGCGGCGGAGCUGAAUCACGCCGAGGGAGGCAGCCGAGAAGAACUGAUCGAGAUGGCCGUUUCCUUCCUGAGCCAAACGGCAGCGAGGCCGGCGUCAGAGAAGGACAAGUUUCUGGCUGACAAAGGUUUGUCUCCGGAUGACAUCCAAGAGGCAUAUCGGCGCCUAGAGCAGCGUGGAAGUGGAGGUCCCGGCGGGGGUGGCCGGCAAUCUCCCGGCCAGGGCCCCGGUCCCCAGCCGCCCGGUGGCCCGCAGCCGCCGAGUGGGCCGCAAGCUCCCAGCGGCCCUUCCCUGCCCAGCUCACCGCUGCCCCCGCGGCGACCGCAGCUUCCUGCGCCGAGCUACCCAAGCCCCAGCCCGGGCUAUCAGGCUAUGCCACCACCGUACUCCGGCGGUAGCCCUUAUCAGGCACCACCGGUGCCACCUUUCGCCAUGCCACCCAUGCUGUACCAGGGAUACCCACCGGAGCCUCCGUCUGGCGGGCCUUGGUGGGCUUGGCUUCUUGGAGGUCUUGGUGCAGGCUUGGUGGGGACCUUUUUGGUGAAUCCCUUCAAGCCGGAGGACUUCAAUUUCUCGGAGGCGGCAAACUGGCUCUCAGACGGCAGCCUUCCGGCGCCCAAGAGCGCGGAGCCGACGGAGUCCGGCAAGUCGGAUCCCGCCGCCCCUCAGCCCGACGGCAAGGCCUCUCUGGAAGAGCUGCUUGCCUUGCUCAGGAAACAGAGCGAAGAGGCCAAGAACAACGUCGAGAUGUGCGCCAAGACCUUGCAGACGACACAGGCUCUCAUGCAUGUCGUGCAGCUGACGAGUCAGAAGGAAGGGCGGCCUGAGGAGGACAUCAGCUUUGAAGUGCUGGCGGAGUUCUCAACCCCGCAGGGUAUGAAAGCUUUCACCGACAUGAUGAGCAUGGCUGCUGGAGGAGCUGCAGGCAGCCUCCGAAAGACCCGCAUGUUGGCAGAGGCGACCGGCAGAGUGGGAAUGUACAUGGACUGCCUUGGCGAGCACUGCCCCUGGCUGCUUGCAGAUGAGAAAGGUGCUUCGGAUGACGGGGAACACCACGGAUGUUUGCUGAAAGACUGUUCCGGCAACCUGCAGCAAGUCUAUUUUGCCCUGGAUGCCUGGAGCUUCACAGAUCUUGCCAGUGCCACUGGAUUCUACGCCAGCCGCUUUGCAGUGUGCAUGCCGGAGGUGAAGUGGUAUGCCACGGAGCAAAUGCUGGAUCCAGCAGAUUAUGUGGGGACCAUGAUGCUUGAGGACUGCCUCGAGUACAUGACCACAGCUCCAGAAAGUCCUGCGAAAUCCAGAAGCCAGAAGAAGUCUUUGAUGGAUGACGACCCUGCGAACUCCGACGAAGACAUGGAGGACUUCGACGGCUUCCUGUUGUCCCUCGGCACAGAGCCCAGCCGACAAGCGUCCGUGCUGCUCCGUGGCCGUGUUGGCUGCGUGGAUGUCACAGAGGAUGCUUGGGAGGGUGUGCAGCACCUGCUGGGCAGAUGUUCGGCUUUGGUUUGCACCUCCUUGUUGACGCAGGUCGGAUACAAGGAGCCUUAUAUCUGGACCGACGUGUUACAAGGGGCUGCUCCACUGCUCGAGGAUGGCGGUAUCCUGUUGCUCUAUGACUCUGAGAAGUGGGGUGACUUUGCAAACAUUGACAAGAUGACCAAAUUCAUCCAAGAGCAGCAUUUGGAUCUGGAGUUGGUCGACAAACAGGAGCCUGUCGACUACUCAGGCGAUGUGGAUGGACGGAUGUUCAUCUUGGUCUUCAAGAAGACCAAGAGAACUGCUCGCAAACCAAUUGCUUGGCUUCUGCAGCGAGCAGAAGACUUCAAGCAGGCUGGAAACAGCUAUUACAGCAACCCGGCGAAGCGCAAGCACCCAGAGAAAGUGGUCUGCUCCAAUCCACGGGUUCAGGUGCUGUGGAAAGCCGUGGCCUGCUACGUUCAGGGCCUGGACUGUCUGACGCUGGUGAGGUCUGCCCUCUAUGAGCAGGAGCCUGACAUGACAACUGAGACGGCUACCGAGAGAGAGAGGCAGCUGAAGCUCCUGUCCUCAAGGCUUUACUGCAACUUGGCGGCUGCAUACCUGGAAUUGGGCCCGACGGCACAAACUUACCAACACGCGCUCAAAGUCGUGAACUUAGCUCUGGAACCUUGGCCGCGACUCAUGCAACCUCGGCCUGCCUCCGACACUUCUGCGACCACUGUCGAGCCCAAGGACUGCGCACCAGACUGGGACAGGGCGAUCGAGCGCAAGGCUAAGAUUUGCGAGGUCCUGCGGACGCAGAGGCAGGGCGGUGACUAG